CGACGCCCAUCGCGUCUCGAUCUGGCGCCCAUCUGCAGCCCUGUCGCCCAUGGCUGGAGCGAGGCUACAGUGAAGCCCGAUCCCUGCUCUAGCUGCUAGCCACGGCGUGGGGGUCAGCUGCUGCUGCUGCUGCUGCCGCCUUCAAUUCGAGCCUUCGUGUAGCUCCCAACGCACGCCGGUGCGGUGCAGUGCGGGUGCGGCUCGCCGGCCGGCGGCUCGUCCGUCCCCGCGCUAUAAAUACUGGCGCGCUACCUACUCGAUCGAUCGUCCCCACACUUCUUGCUGAGAGCCUGAGCCCCUGAGCCCUGAGCUUCUCCGCUUCUCUUUCCCCUCUUCUUCUUCCCCCCGUUUUGUCUGCCCCCUGGCGUACCGCCAUAGCUGCCGGCGAGAUGGAUCAGAAGGCGAGGAGGCGCCACGUCGUGCCGGCGUUCGGGGAGUGGAACUACUACUACCAGUGCGACCACGACCAGGCGGCGGCGACGGCGGCGGAAGUGAUGCGGUCGGCGCCCGUCGUCGCCGUGGCGGCGGCGGCGGCGGACGAGUGGUACGCGUCGUACUCGUACGGCGGCGCGGUGGCGACAGCGGAGGCGUGCAGCGACGUGUGGUUCAAGUACUCGCCGCCGCCGCGGAGGCCGACGCCCAAGAAGUCGAGGAGGCCGGAGGGGAGGGUGGCUCCGGAGAAGGGGGCGCCCUACGGCGACGGCGACGGCGACGGCCGGAAGACAAGGGUUGGGCAGCAGCAGCAGCACGCGGCGCGUUCCGCGAGGGCGUACCAGUCCGGCGGCUCCGCCACUGCGCGCACGCCCGCGAAGGCCGGCGCCGCCUGCAGGGUGGUGAAGCGGCCCGUCGACGCCGACCUGUACCAGGUGCCCCCGUCGGAGUUCGUCUCCCGCCGGCCAAGACGGAAGAGGGCAGUGAGUAGCUUGUGGAUGGGUUGCUUGGGCCUCAACUGCGUUGCAUGAGACCAUGACAGUACUCUCUACAAACCAACCUAACCUUUCUGGACUAUGCUAGUACUGUAUUUGUGUGUGUCACUGUCUCUCUUUCUCUCGCUGCCACUAAGGUAGCUUUCAGAUAGUUGUAAGGCAAGAUGCUGUAAUAGUAGUAGUGUGAUGCUACUACCGACGUGAUUUAGCUAAAGCAUGAGACCAUUAUCCUAAUCUGCAGAUUAAUUUUGAGUUCUUGAGCAGCAUAAGCAUUAUUGGCAAUGUUGCCAUCCAUUGUCUCGUGCAU